AUGAGCGAAGAUUAUGAAGUGAGGCUGAGACGCCAAAUGAUUGAAAUCUUUGGGCCUUUCGAGAGAUUCAACAUUCAACUUCUUGUUCCAUCAACGAAUGCCAGCUUUUCACCAUUUCAACAAAAGGAUUCCUCCAGGAGCAAUUCUCCCACCACAUUUCUCAUGCUCCAGAACAUGCAAAACCUUGUCGACAAAUCGCCCAUUCAACCACCGAUUACCUCCAGAGCCACUUCUUUUGAAAUUGAGGCUCAAACCUCAAACAUCAAAUCACCGUUAAAUCCACCAACGAAGCUUUCGAAAGGAAAUCAACUCAGUGAGAAUGAGAAACCGUUGAGAAAGGGAAUUUCCGAUUUGGACGAAAUAACACCGAUUCCGAGCAAAAAACCGCGCAACGACGUUCUCAAAGAAACAAAUCUACAAAAACGCGAGAAAGACGGAAAAAUCUCGAGUUCAAAAUCGAUGAAAAGUGACCCACAAAAAGCAUCCGAAGUGAUUGUUUCAACGGAAAAGAUCUUGGAAGUUCUCACUUAUCUUCCUCCAAUUCUCACACCACCAAGACGUUUCAAAGAAAGGAAAGCUUCGCCAAAAGAAAUCAAAGCUUCGCCAAAAGAAAUCAAAGUUUCGUUAUCUGUCAACAACGUGAAAAAAGAGGAACUUCCCGAAAAACCAUCCGAAAUGGCAAAAGAAAGAAAACGAGAAGAGCCAAUUAUGGAAAAGGAGAUGAAAAAAGAAUUUGAAAUAAAAAAAGAAAUCGGAGAAGAAGCGAGCUCGUCAAAGGAAAUUUCAUCUGAGGUCUUCGUGCCACCGAAUGUGGAUCGAAUAUCCGAGAAAAUUAGAAGUCGAAAUGGAGAAAAGAGGACACUUCGAGAGGAAAACAUGUCACCGAGUUUCUCUCAAUUGGAAAAGAAAAGGAAACACAAUUCAGAAGCGAUCGGAAAUUUGAAUUUGGGGCUUCUCGAGAAAAAUCAAUUUAAAGUGAUUGAGGCGUCACUUAAUCGAAAAAUGUUGAAAAGAGGGGCAUCGAUUGCAGCUCCAACAGCAGCUCCUACACCCCCUCCACCCCCACCUCCACCAUCCUCAUCCUCUUCAAUUCCAUCAACAUUGUCUCCUCUUCCACCCCCAAAACCGCUCGUUUCUUCAAAAAAGCCACUCACUAGGGAUCCACCUAAAAUCUAUAAAGCUGUGGAUGAAAAUGGAGUUCAGGAUAUGGAUAUUGCUGGAUCGUCACCGGAAAAAGAGGACGAGGAACCGCCUAAGAAAAAUGAAACACCAAAGUCAACCUCAUCAAAAGUGAAUGUUGAGAAAAUGACUCCAAAGAAAUCAAGUCCAAAUAAGAAGCCAAAACCAAAGCAGCCGACUGAAUGUUGUGCUGAUAGGUGCAUUCCAUCACAAGCCACUGAACCGGAUCCAGCUCAACCAGGAAUGACUGCUGAAGAAUUCUAUUCGAAACGUGCUCGAGACAUCAAACAUAAAGGAGAUGGGCAACAAAACGGGAAUAAAGUGGAAAGAAUGUUGUAUUAUUUGGAAUGCAUUGCAUAUUAUGUGAUGGCAGCUCGACAUUGUGAAACCGAUGAACAACGACAUUCGUUUCUUCGAUCAACAAGCAGUUUUGUGAAAGCUAUCGCCAAACAUACACUCACUCUUCCAAGUCAUUUCCAAGCUCGAAUCACACACUUGUUGAAGAGAGUCGAAGCUGUUCAAUUGUAUCAACUUUACGCGACUCGAUCUGUGCAAGUUGUUCGAAAUAUGCAAAUCGUACAUCAAUUGGAAAAGAGUGUCGAUGAGAAACCGAAUGGUGUCGUCAAUGAUUCCGGUUCCAAUGAAAAUCCACCCACAAAUCCUCCAUCAACAUCUGAAUCAAAAGAAAUUGUCAUUCCGAAAACCCUUUACACUUUGCACAAGCAACAACUGAAAACUUUAUCAUAUUUGAUGACUGCACAAGAAGUGUGGGAAGGAUCGAAAAAGGAAAAUUCGGAAGAAAUAUCGAAGCUCCAAAAAACGAUGGAAACGGUGACAGGACAUCGAAUUGAAUUGGAUAUGCCACUUGAGUCAAUGGCAAGAGUCAUUCUAACAUCUACUUCAUGGCUUCGUGAGGAAAGAAAACGAGAAGAAGCACGAGACUCUCGAUCGACUCCUAAAAUU